AUGAAGUCUCAAGUUGCCGCCUUGCUUGCUACUGCCUCUCUGGCUUAUGCCCAGACUGCUACUGAGAAAGAGCCCUCUCUCCCUGCAAUCCAGUCUGCGGCCGCUUCCAUCCAGCCGUUCUCUCCCGUUUCGAACGUCCAGGGUAUCGCCUUCAACCGCCUCUUCCAGGUGUGGCUUGAGAACAUUGACUACGAGGAUGCAGCAGCAGAUGCGAAUAUGAAGUGGCUGGCUUCGCAAGGAAUCCAGCUCACAAACUUCUACGCAGCCACUCAUCCUUCGGAGCCUAACUACUGCGCCGCAGCGGGUGGUGAUACCUUCGGCAUGGACAAUGACAACUUCAACCAGAUCCCCGCCAAUGUCUCUACCGUGGCCGAUCUGCUCGACACGAAGAACAUCGCCUGGGGAGAAUACCAGGAACACAUGCCACAUGCCGGAUUCCAGGGCUUCAACUACUCUAACCAGCGAACUCACGCUAACGACUACGUGCGUAAGCACAACCCCCUCGUUCUCUACAACUCGGUCACCCAGGACAGCACCCGCCUGCGCCAGAUCAAGAACUUCACCAGCUUCGAAGAUGACCUGGCCAACAAGAAGCUCCCUCAGUGGGCCUUCAUCACCCCCAACAUGACCAACGACGCCCACGACACCAACAUCACCUUCGGCGCCAAGUGGGAGCGCAGCUGGAUCGCCCCCCUGCUCAGCAACUCCUACUUCAUGGACGACACCCUGAUCCUGCUCACCUUCGACGAGGACAGCACCUACCCCAAGUCCAACCGGAUCUUCAGCGUCCUCCUCGGCGGCGCCAUCCCCGAUCACCUGAAGGGCACCCAGGACGACACCUUCUACACUCACUACUCCGUCAUCGCCUCCGCCUCCGCAAACUGGGGCCUGCCCUCCCUGGGUCGCUGGGACUGCGGUGCCAACCUCCUCCAGAUCGUCGCCAACAAGACCGGCUACGUCAACUAUGACGUCGACACCACCAACCUCCACCUCAACGAGACCUACCCUGGUCCCAUGUCUGCUGGCGAAUACUCCAAGUUCUCCCCCGUCUGGCCCAACCCGCUGACCUCCGGCGACUGCUCCGCCGGCCACGGUAUCCUGGACAUCGUCAAGAAGACCUACGCCAACACCAAGCCGACAUACAACUACACAAGCCCCUUCCCCUAUGACACUGCCAGCGGCUAUAACACCAAGGUGACUGCCACCAAGAAGAGUGCUAACGGAACGGCAUCCUCCUCGUCGUCGUCUUCUUCCUCCACUGCGGGUCUCAAGACCACCAACGCUGGUACUUCCAUGGUUGCUCCUGCAGCUGGUGUUUCCGGCCUCGUUCUGGGACUGAUCCUGAGCUUGAUCUAG